CUUCUUUUUUGAAAUGGACAUUAGUUAAGUUCUAUAUUUUAAGUUCAAAAACAAUUCAUUUUCAGUGAAAUACUAUAUAAAUUCAAUAUCCAUGAUUAUUAGAGUUCAUCCUUCAUAAUAUCAUUAUGUUUUUAACAUUUUAAAAUACUUUUUAUAAACUUGGUUUAAUGUCUUCAGUAUACGUGUUAAUUGAUUUGAUUUUCUAUGAUAUAAAUUUUGUAAGAUAUUUAAGCGAUCAUUAUAUUUUCUUUUUAGGACAAGUAGGUAAAUGAAGAAAAAAAGAAAAGUAAACGAGAAUCAUACAGAGCAAUUGUGGAUGAAUGUCCAUUAACAUUUGAUGGAGCGUAUGGUCUUACUAAAUCAAAUCAUUCAAUUGAAUUUUGUGAAUAUGAAAAAAGAUUGUCGAGUCUUACUUUAUAAUCAUUUCAUUAGAAAACAUAAAUUAAAAGAAGUUUGUACUCAAAGUUUGACAGAAGCUGUUGCUGAUAAUCUUGAUCCAAGAACAACAAAAUUAUUUAAUGAAAAUGAAAGUAUAAUUGAUUAUCUUUGGGAAGUUCCAUGUCCUUUCAUAAACGGACCACUUGACUUAUCAGAAUAUCGUCAAAAAUAUACAAAAAAUAUUCUAUGUUCACAUAAAUUAGUUCGACUUGAUCAUUUAAAAAAUCAUUUACGAUGUCAUCAUCAUAUGGAAAAUAGAUUUGCACAAAAAUUAGUUGAUGUUUUCAAAGAGCUUCGAUCAAAAUAUAAUACUACGACAUCUUUACUUAUUCCAUCAACAUGA